UUAUAUAUUUUAAAUUAAAGUGUUACUCUCGACCACUCUCAGCUCAUACAAAUGUAUGUAAUUGUUGCUAAAAACACUUCAAAGCAGAGGUCUUCAAAGCAAAAGAUGUUUCAACAUGAAUGAAUGCCUAUGGUUCCGACUGAGCUUGUUUCUACGGGAAACUUAUUAAGACGGACAAGCUAAGGCAAAAUGACAGCUGAGAAAGAAAACACGAGUUUGAAUGUCAAUGCAUCAAUUGGUAACGACAAUGACGACAAAGACAAACUGCAACUACUCAAAGGUGCAGCUUACCUGACUACUGUGGCUUCUGCUGGAAUGAUAGCAGGAUUCGGCUCAACAUUAGCCUUGGCAAAGAAGAAGAGUCCAAACUGGUUUAACAAAGGGGUGACAGCCACAGCAGCUCUGCCAGAGUCAGGGGCCUCCCUUGCCCUGAGGGCCCUGGGCUGGGGCUCCCUCUACGCUUGGUGUGGUGUGGGCCUGCUUAGUUUUGCCAUUUGGAAGGCCAUGGGAGUCCACAGUUUAACAGAGUUCAGGCAAACGAUGCAGUCGAUCUUCCCAGCGAUCCCUAAGAAUGAGACAGAACAAGCUAACGCAGAACCUGUGGACUGGGAUUCCAUCUUCCAGUCCAAAUGAAGGGGAUUAUCUGCCUCACCAGUGGUUAAAGCAGACUUCAUUAAAAAGACACUCUGUGACUCGAGACUAUAAUGAAGGACGUGAGGGAGAGGAAAAAGAACUUCUGGGGAGCACUUUGUUCCCCUUGUCGUCACCCAGGGAGACCUGUGAUGGACAGCUGCUUAAGGUUGUCUGUACAUCUUAAACCCUCCUCUCCUGUGAUGUUCAUGUCGGGCAUCAGUUCCUAAGGGGGCAGGUUUUCAUCAACUCAGAGCUUUGACUGGAAGGCCCCUGAAGUCAAGUCUCAAGCAUUACUAAUGGUUUUGGGCUUCCUAAGCUCACCGUCUCAUAGCACAAUGCCACCUUGAUUUGUCAUUUGUGACAGGUGCUGGUUGGUUUUUAUCACAGAUAAACCUGUAGAUGGAUGUAUUGUGCUUGUAAGGCCAGAAAUUCAGAAACUCUGAAGAAAUUACCUUCUUCAGAGUUACUGCUGAAUCAACUAUUGUCAAAGCCAUCUAUUUAUUCUCUGUUUUUGCUAUUCUCAUGUUCAUCAAAGAGCAGACUGAACCAUCUUGAACUGUACUGGUUAGUCGUAUAACGAGGUGGAUAAAAAUACUGGUGUCUGCGUCAGUGCCAAUGCGCUUGUGACUGCCCCUGAUGUUUUGGUACACAUUUAGUCUGCAUAAUCAAGUUUGGCGCGCUGUGUCAUAUUAGCUGAACUCCAGAAGUCAUACACACAGACUCUCUGGGAGGAAAACAUAUUUCAGUCUGAACUUUGAGUCCUAAAAAUACAUCAAAAUGGUCCCACUGCGCUGAUGUUUUCUCUCACAAGUCAAAUAAAGAGUCGAUAGCAUCCGUCACAGUGCUCAA